AUGUCCUUUACCUCUGUUCCUAUUCUAGAUCUGUCGGAGGCCAAUGACCCGGCAACAAAGCCGGAGUUUCUCACCCAGCUCCGGCAUGCUUUGUUGGAAGUCGGGUUUCUCUAUUUGAAGAAUAUAGGCGAGGCAGAAGAACUUUUCCAAGAUGUGAUAAGCCUUGGCAAGUCCUUCUUCGACAUCCCACGGGAAGAAAAGCUGAGGAUUGAAAUGAAGAAUGCCCGCUCAUUCCUGGGCUACUCCCAGCUGUCCGCAGAGAUCACAGCCGGCGAAAUUGACCAUCGCGAGCAGCUGGAUCUCGCUACCGAGCAUGCCCUCCCUACAGAAGGAUCCCCCCGGCACCACAACCUGCACGGCCCCAACCAGUGGCCGGCAGAGGAGGUAAUCCCCGGGUUCCGCAGCGCCUACACCGAGUACAUGAGGCGGAUGGGCGACAUGUCCAUCUACUUCACGUCGCUCAUCGCCGAGGCCAUCCUCCUCCCCAGGGACGCCUUCGACAAGUACUUUGACGAGGACCAGCACCACAAGCUCAAGAUUGUCAAGUACCCGGACCUUGGGGAGCUUGGCAAGGAGGGCCAGGGCCAGGGCCAGGGUGUUGGGCCGCACAAGGACAGCAUGCUGUCGAGCUACCUGCUGCAGGCCUCAGAGCACAGGGGCCUACAGGUGCAGAACGUCAAGGGGGAGUGGAUCGACUGUCCGCCUGUCCCGGGGACGGUGGUGGUGGCCAUCGGCCAGGGCCUCGAGGCCCUGACCCAAGGCGUGUGCGUCUCGACGACGCAUCGCGUCCUGUCGCCCGCGGCGGGCUCGGGCCCUCGGUUCUCGAUCCCAUUCUUUCAAGGGGUGGACCUGGACACGGACUUUGACAAGCUGGAGAAGGUCGGCGUUGGCGCCGUCCCCGACAGGAUCAAGGAGCAGCGGCGGAGGAUUGUCGAACGCAACGGUGGCAGGCUGGACGAUGUGGAGUUCACCUUCAGGACGGGGGGUGCUUCCAAGACGCUGGGCGAGGCCACUCUGCGGAAUAGGGUCAAGAGCCAUCCGGACGUGGGCGAGCGGUGGUAUCCCGAUAUCCUCAAGAGCAUUCGCGAGGAGCAGGCGGCCCUGGCCAAAGAUAAGAAGGGGACGAGCAGCAACCCGGGAAUCGACGUCCCUCCUCAGGCCGUAGAGGCCCACUGA